CAUUCGUUUGGAGAGUGCAAAUUUGCAGAGCAGAGAAGGAAUCCUAUCGGCGAAGGGCUGCUUUAGGAUCUGAGGGGAGGCUGGGGAGGGUCUGCUGCGGGGAAAGAAACCUCAGCGUCAGCAGGCACCAAGACGGCUGUUGACCCGUUGGAGAAGUGUGCUGUGAAUUCCGCAUCAACACGGCUGUGUAGAUUAUUUUACUGGCCGUCUACUUCGUGACGCGCUUGCAGGGCUGGGAAACAAUGGUGAGAAAGGCCCCCUGUGGCCUUUACGAGCUUCGGUCUCCUUGGGGAGACCCACGUGGUGCCACAGUUACGAUCCCGGGUGAUCACCCAAGUAUGCCCGUGGAGCUAGGUGCGCUGCCAAGUGAUUCAUUCAUCAGAUAUUAAUUGAGGUGCUCCAACCAAGUGUGACUUGUGUGCCCCAGCAGAAGUUGAGUGUAAAAAGUGUUACCCAGCGUUGCCCGGAAGGGCCAGGAAUGGCUUUGCAGGACAGGAAGAUGCCACCCAAGCGUACAGCUAAAAGAAGGUCACCUCCAGAAGAUGCCCUCCCCAAAAGCAAGAAGGUGAAAGACCCUCGUAACCAAGCAGCAAGGGCCGCUGCCUCCCGCCGCAUUCCUGGCGCCCGCUCCUGCCAAGGUGCCUGCAGGCUGAGCCCUCCUGACCAGAAAACUCAACCAGUCUCACAUAGGUCCCACAGCACAGAACCAGGCUUGGUGCUGACACUGGGCCAAGGUGACGUGGGCCAGCUGGGGCUGGGUGAGAAUGUGAUGGAGAGGAAGAAGCCUGCCCUGGUGCCCAUUCCGGAGGACAUUGUGCAGGCCGAGGCUGGAGGCAUGCACACCGUAUGUCUAAGCAAAAGUGGCCAGGUCUAUUCCUUUGGCUGCAAUGAUGAGGGUGCCCUAGGAAGGGACACAUCAGUGGACGGUUCAGAGAUGGUCCCUGGGAAAGUGGAACUGCAAGAGAAGGUGAUACAGGUGUCAGCAGGAGACAGUCACACAGCGGCCCUCACCGAGGAUGGCCGUGUCUUCCUCUGGGGCUCCUUCCGGGACAAUAAUGGUGUGAUCGGGCUCUUGGAGCCCAUGAAGAAGAGCAUGGUGCCUGUGCAAGUGCAGCUGAGUAUGCCUGUGGUGAAGGUAGCCUCAGGAAAUGACCAUUUGGUGAUGCUGACAGCUGGUGGAGAUCUGUACACUUUGGGCUGCGGGGAGCAGGGCCAGCUGGGCCGUGUGCCUGAAUUAUUUGCCAAUCGUGGUGGCCGACAGGGCCUAGAACGACUCCUGGUCCCCAGGCGUGUGAUGCUGAAGUCCAGGGGAAGCCGGGGCCAUGUGAGGUUCCAGGAUGCCUUCUGUGGCGCCUACUUCACCUUUGCUGUCUCCUGCGAGGGCCAUGUGUAUGGCUUUGGCCUUUCCAACUACCAUCAGCUUGGAACCCCAGGCACAGAAUCCUGCUUUAUACCCCAGAACCUGACGUCAUUCAAGAACUCCACCAAGUCCUGGGUGGGCUUCUCUGGUGGCCAGCACCAUACAGUCUGCAUGGAUUCAGAAGGGAAGGCCUACAGCCUAGGCCGGGCUGAGUACGGGCGGCUGGGCCUUGGGGAGGGUGCCGAGGAGAAGAGCACGCCUACCCUCAUUCCCAGGUUGCCCACCGUCUCCUUGGUGGCUUGUGGCGCCUCUGUGGGCUAUGCUGUGACCAAGGAUGGUCGUGUUUUUGCCUGGGGCAUGGGCACCAACUACCAGCUGGGCACAGGGCAGGAGGAGGAUGCCUGGAGCCCCGUGGAGAUGACAGGCAAACAGCUGGAGAACCGCGUGGUCUUAUCUGUGUCCAGUGGGGGCCAGCACACAGUCUUACUAGUGAAGGACAAGGAACAGAGCUGAUGAAGCCUCUGAGGGCCUGGCUCCUGGCCGCCCAGUCUUCCCUCCCAGAACAGGGAGGCCUCCCAGUGAUGACUACAGAUCCCAGCAGGCUUCCCCAGCCCUAAGUGCUCUGUUGUCAAUUUGCCCGUUUCCCAUUAGCAUAGCUGACCAGAAUCCUUUUCCUUUUUUUUCUUCCUCCUUUCAGGAAUCAUCCUGGGACCUACAGGAUGAAGGGGGGAUGGAAGAAGGUGGGGUGGGGUGUCAGAAAGAACUUUGCUCACCCCAGAGCUAUGUUGUUAGACCUUUCCCCCUCAUUUCUACCUCCCAUGGUCCUGGCCAAUGUUGGUUUUGCCUACCUAAACCCAAAACUUACUCCCCAGAAGUUUUGGGCCCACACUCAGAAGUUGGGUCUCCAUCGAACCCUACUCUAGUCAUGCACCACUCUUCCUGUCCUUCACAAUCCACAGGCAGACAAAUGGUACAGUGGUCCGGCUCAGCUGUCAUGGACCUAUGCCUGGGGGAAGCUGAAGAGGCGGCAGGGCCUUGAGCAGUUACCCAGCCAGUGGGCAACCCUAAGCCAAAUAUUUGGCCCUGAACAGGUACCCAUGGGGUAAAAAAAAAACCAAAAACAAACAA